GCCUGGGCUCUGAUAACAAUAUACUCGUUUCGUACACGUGGAAUCGAUAGCUCUAGUACCUGUUUCUCAUAAUAGUAUUGUUUUGUUUAGUUUGCGUUGCGCAGUGCCUCAUCCUCGGCGCGUUAGUGUCAAGCAUUGCAAUUUGCAACGUAAUUUGCUCCGAUUUCCGACGUCCGACUCUCCGCUCUUCACGAAAUAUUAAUAAUAUUUAUGUAUAACAUAGUAACUACGUAGUACUAUAUGAAGCGCGUGGGGCAGAACGGGCGGUUGGUGGCGUUCUGCAAGGCGGUGGGCGUGUACUUCUUGGUGGGCAGCGGUGGCGCGCCUUCGCUGCAGACGGCUGUGCUGAAGUGCGCGCCAGUGCUCUUCCUGGUUGCGUGCGUGGGGCUGGGUGGGCGCGGGGAAUAUGCGCGGCGCGUGGCGGUCGGGUUGGCGCUAUCGUGCGUGGGUGACGCGCUGCUGGUGUGGCCCGCGUGCUUCGUGGGCGGGAUGUGUGCAUUCGGCGGCGCGCACGUGGCCUACCUCGCCGCGUUCGGCUGGCGGCCGCUGCGUGCGGUCGCCGCGCUAUUGAUCUACGCGUGCACGCUCCUGUACCUGCGCACGUUGUCGCCGCCGCCCGGACUACGCGUCCUGCUGCCUGCAUACGCGCUACUAUUGGCCACCAUGGCAUGGCGCGGCGCCGCACGUGCGGGCUCUCAGCGGCCCGGGGCGCUACUUUUCUUGCUCUCCGACGCUAUCUUGGGCUACAGCCUCUUUGGCGGAGAUGUUCCGUAUAAACAGGUUCUGGUCAUGUCUACGUACUACCUCGGCCAGCUACUGAUCGCCUCGAGCGCGCUGCAACCCCCUGCCGGCGGCUCAGCAGUCACGGUGACGUCAUCGCCUCACCCCUGCUCCGCGCUAGCUCGCGACUGAUGACACGCGUCCCACGCAUGGACCUCUCUCCAUUAGUCUUCCUUACAUUACACUAUCAGCUGGAUACUUCAGGGUUACCGGUCACACGAAGAGCGAUCAAGACUGUUAGAAACCAAUAACAAAAACCACCGAAGCGGAUUGAACGGUGAAAUAGUAGUAAUACUAGUGUAUGAUAGCUGAUAAAUAAGAAAUCGUACUUCCAGUAGAAAUAGAGUAUCAAAAUUGAAAUUUAGAGAGUCGCUAUGUGCAAUGAAUAAAAGUUAAAAAUAUGAUAGUUAUUACGUGUUACCUGUGCAGUCAUGUUUGACAAGCGUCGUGCGUUCACAGCACCGAAGUGAUGUUAGGACAAACAUUAUGUGAACGUAGGAAAUGAGCAGGUACCUAAUUAGUGAUCUCGUUUUUAAGUAAUAACCAACUUAUUAACUAUAAUGUAGGUAAUAUUUAUGCACAAGUUGCCACUCAGUCAAUAAUGCGUGUGCAUAUAAAUAAGUAUAUUAAAGUAAAUUGAGCGUAAAUAACGUUUAAAAAACAUUCUUAUCUGAAAUCUUAAUAUUUUCAGAACAACAAUAAUAGGCACUGUGUUUAUGUGAAGGACAGUGUAUUGUAACACAUAUAUAAAUACCUACCUAAUAUAUAUACGUA